UUCUAUGAAACACUUUUUUUGGUGAACAUUCAGUCUUGCGUGGAAACUUAGAAAUUGUGUUUGUAAAUAGUUCGUUAUUAUUUCAGGCGGUAAAAAUAGACUAGGUUAACCUUUACUUCGAUCUAAAAAUAAAUUUAAGACAGCCCUCUCUUAUCUAGAUCACAAAUUUAAUUGCAUCAAAGCAAAUAAAUUAUAAUUAUUAAUAGUCGUUAUAAAUUAUAUACAGAAACGAGUCUUUCCUCAAACAAAUAUUUUAGCCGCAACAAUUUUAUUUGCUGUGCUUUUUGGAUUACCUAUUUACUGCAAAAGAACUUUGAGGGUAACAAACAACAUAAUGGUGAGCAGGAAUGAAGAAAAAUUAAAUUCGUUGAUCAAAUCAUAUUUAAAAAAAUACGAUUGCUGCAUAAGUGGAAGAUCGCAAGACCUUUGGUGCAUAAAACAAUCUCCGUUGGGUGGUUUUGGGAUCUUCGCCACGCAAGAUAUCGAGCCAGGUGAGCUGAUCUUUUUGGAUCACCCCGUACUUCUAGGACCCAGGUAUCUGAACGAUUUACCAGAUAAUUGCACCACUUGUUAUUGCAAAGUCAAUAUCAAGAAAUGUAACAAUUGCGGACUCUUAGUAUGCGAAAGUUGUUCAAUAUCUGAAAAUCAUUUGAAAGAAUGUAAUUUACUGCAAAAAUUAAAAAAUGGCCACGAUUUGUUGGAAAAGAAUCGGCAAUUGACGAAAUGUCUAACGCCUCUGAGGUCAUUACUUCUUGAUAAAGAAGAUUUGAAAGUAGUUGCUAGCUUAAAAUCGCAUAAAGGUAGUCAACACGGUUAUGAAGUCCACACAUUGACAGAAGAUCUAAAAUUACAAUUUUCAUCGGAAGAAAAAGAGUUUUUAUAUUUCGUUUGUACUGUUUUAGAUGCCAACGCGUAUGAAGUUUCAAUAGAGUCAUGUGAUAGUAACAGAGGUCUUUAUCCUCUUGGUAGUUUAUCGAAUCAUCGAUGUUUUCCCAAUGUGUUCCAUGUUUUUGACGAAAAACACAGGAUGGUCGUAAGGGCAUCAGUUUUUAUACCCAAAAAUACAGAAUUAUUUAAUAGUUAUACAAUAUUAUUAUGGGGGACUAUUACUAGGAUAACACAUUUAAAAAAUACCAAACAUUUCAUUUGUAAAUGUGACAGAUGCAAAGACCCAUCCGAAUUUGGUACAUACCUGUCAUCCGUCAAAUGUAAAAAAUGUCCAGGAAACUUACUGCCCAUAAACCCUUUACAAAAUUCAAACUGGCAAUGCGAUACAUGCACCUCUGUGGAACCAUUAAAAGAAGUAUACAGAACCUUAUCUUUAGUAGGGUCAGUAUUGAGAGGCUUUAACAAUGAGUUCGAACUCAUCCAUAGGUUCCUAACGAAAAAAUUGAUAACCUUGGUUCCUGAUUCUAAUCAAGUAGCUGUGGAACUUAAAAAGAAAAUUAUAUGGAUUUUGGGAUACGAGCAAGGGUAUUUAUUGCACGAAUUGCCAUUGGAACUUUUGCUGCUGAAAAGACAAUUUUGCAAAGACAUUUUAGAUAUAUUAAUAAAAUUAAAACGCGGAAAAUGCAAAUUAAGAGGACUUUUAUGUUAUGAACUCUACUUGUGUACUGAAGAGUUGAAACUUAGACAAAACUUUGAUCAAUGCGAUAGUAAGAUUUUUGAAGACGAUUCGAAAGCAAAUCUUCUCGAAGCCAUCGACAUUUUAAAAUACGAUUCCAGCGUUUCAGACAGUUUGAGGCAAAAAAUUAACGAAAACCAAUAAAAACGAGACUUUUAUCAUAAAAUAUUGUCUAUUAAUAUUACUAUUCAGUGUUUUAUAAAUAUAAUACCUAAGUACAUAUAAUUUAUUAUAAAUUUAAAUAAAAAUAAAGUGUUUAUCACAUUAUCAUCAAAAGUUAUUUUACCGUACAUUAUAAUGUAUGUACUGGCAACCCGAAUAGAGAAGAUACUAUUACAAGGUGUGCAUUCGUCUGCUAUUAUCGAUCCCCUUGGUAACAUCGAGUCAGUAGAGCCGCGCUAGUAAAUUGGCUUAAACGUUUACGUCACUGAACUAGUUUGAAGUAUAUAAGUUUAAAAUCUAUAUUUGUUUUGAAGUAAUGACGUAAUAGUGUCUUCUUUAUUCGGGUUGACCUUAGAUAA